CGCCUGCUUCAUUCGCUCGCUGCCCACCACCCAAACGGUCUUCGUCGUCGUUGUUUCUCUGUUCGCGUCGUGCAGUGAGUGGCGUCGUGUUGAAUUCGAUAUCGCGUGUUCCGCAUUUCUUGUUGGUUGGCGUUUAGUGGUUGGUGCGUAUCUAUGGGUUUUUAUGUGGGGAGCAUAUGUUUUUACUGAUGCUGCUCCUGUGUGUCCGUAUAGUGCCGAAAUCUAUCGAUGGAUUUGUCGAACAAGUGUAUAGCUAGUGCACGGUGAUUUGCACAAACUUCGAAGCUAGUAUAAUUUUUACUUCAGAACCUUGAGGGAUUAUUACUUGCGGGUAGCAUAGAAGCACGAAACGACUGUGCAGUGAAGUAAUUGAAGUGCUUUUUCAAGUAGCGACGAUAGGUUCAAGUGCAGGUGUUAAAGUGUCGAUCCGGUGCAGACACGAUUUAGCGAAUGCAAAGUGCGUUAAAGUGCAACACAAGUCGAGUGGUACAAAGUCAAAGGAAGCUCAUAAUCUGCUGGAAUCGUGCACGGAAGCAGUGAAAAGAAAUCAAAUAUCGAUCGCUUCCUGGUGGAUGGAUGUCUGGAUGAGAAAAUCACUCAGCAUCGGUCGCAUAUAGGGGUGCCUGGGGUUCCCCUAGAGAGUGAGAAGAGCAAAGAAGAAAAUCGAUAAUCUCAUCCAGGAGUAAUAGGAGAUGCCAGUGCGGAUGAUGGAGUCAUCUCCGGUUGCUAUGGUUAUGACCUCACGUGGUCUGCUGUCGGAUUCCAACCCAAACAAACUCAGGACAGAAGAUUAUCCUAUGACCAGUAUGAACGAUAGCCGGUUCGAAAACAAUCUCAGUCCGAGUUCGAUUGGCAUCGUGGAUGUUUCAAGGUCGCCCUCGGUUGGGGAGACUUUUGUAUCAGCUGCAACCGAUGGACCCCAUUCGUCGUCGGAUGAAUCCGAUUCCAGUGACGAUGACCUGGAACCGGAAAAGGUGGGGUCUCGUUCCUCAAACAGCAAUCCAAACUCGGCCACCGUCUUCGAUCAGGUUCCCUCGCUACCGCUGGAGAAUAACCUGAGUGCCAUUCGACGUCCACUGUCUCCGGGCGAGGGCCCUUCAGGAUCUACGUCAAUCUCGAUGUCGAUAGGCUCGAUGGGUGACGAUUCCGUUGACGGUAGUCCAAGUGAACCUAAUAUUAUGGUAACUCUCGUUCCGGAGAAGAAAGGACUGUUUCUGAAAUAUUCGGAAUAUGAGGUUAAAUCAAAAUCCUACGAUACGGUUGUGCGACGACGCUACAAGGACUUUGUUGCACUGUACGCCUACCUCAUGGAGCGAUACCCGUACAGAAUGAUCCCCCUACUCCCGCCAAAGCAGCUCAUACUGGACUCCUUGCUUGAAGAGCGCCGUCACGGACUGCAAACCUGGCUCACCGUCGUCUCGAUGCACCCGGUCCUCGGUUGCUCCCCGAUCCUGGUGACGUUCCUGAGUGACAAAACGGCCGACUACCAGUACCGGAUGCGAGUCAUGUACGAAAAGCAACCGGACGAGUUCAGUCGCCUCCGGGAGGACGUCGAGUUGCCCUGGGAGGAUCAGGAGAAGCUCCUGGCCAGUCGCGAUCGGCUGCGCAAAAUCCUUUACUCGCUUCAUCGGUUGCGCAAAAUCUUCGACGAGCAAGCAUUCCGUGCCGAGCAGCAGGCACGUGACAUGGCCGAGGUGGAUCUGAUCCUGCAAGGUCUCGAAGUGCGGGACGUGUUCGGCGAGCGGACCUUCGACGACGUGUCCCAAAGUGCCCAGGCAGCGGCACGGCAAUCCGAGCGUUACGUGCAACUGCAGCGCAAUGUCGUCAACGAGAGGAUCCACGUGCUGAUGGACCUUCUUGCCGCGCACAACGACCUGUGCCAACGCGUGGAGAAAGGAAUCUUCAGCGAACAUCAAAAAGCUCUCUCAAAAACCGUCGGUUUUAGCCGGAGUCGGUUGAGGAAUUCCGUUCGAGGUGGUAACGCAACGUCGGAAAACGGUGCCACCGUGACAGCGUCCCAAUCGACGGCGCCAGCUAGCGACACACCACCGGCCACAUCAGACCCGCACCUGAACCGGAAGUGCGCCUUUGCCCUGCAAUGCGUGCGCAGCGAGACGGCCCUCGCCGAGCAGUACCUGCAGUCGCUGCCGGCCAUUCUGCUCUCCUAUGCCACCGAAGAAUCCCAAUACCACAGCAAGGUAACCGAUAUCGAGUUCAUACGGGCGAAUCGUUGGAAGUAUUUCAUAAAUUUCUCUUUCGCCGCAGAUGUCGAAGAUUUGGCAUCAGCUAGUAGCUAACGAAUCUGCUUCCAAAGUGUGCUAGUGGCUUCUCAGGCUGCUAGAGCUAGCUAGGGUUAUUUUAGUGUCACGAUGAGCGGGGGUUUUCCUGUUUCCUGUUGGAGACAAUUCGUUUGUUUCGAGGGGUUGCCAAAGUAGACGUUAGAAUUCCAGUAGAAUAAAACUAAGACUAUACUGAAAAACUGCAUCAUGUUAUAUGUAAAAGUUUAUACGUUCCAAGAAAUCUACGGCGAGAAGCUUAUUUAGUGAUAAAGAUAUUGACAAAAGAUUAGAAUACAUUGUAGUUGCCAUUUUAA